AUCCGGGCGUGAUUUGGAGUCCCAUAGGGCAGCGCACAAUUAGCCCAGAGUCGUUUGGGUUUGUCAUUGUAAAUAAGAAUUUCUUCUUAACUGACUUGCCUGGUUAAAUAAAUAAAAAUAAGAAAGGAAAGGCUCGAACAGCAAUCAGUCAUCCUAUGAAUAUUAAAUCAUGUGCGGAGGGAUAAGGGGUUUGGCCUGAGUUUCAUUGGGCACGAGUUAGGGAGUUUGUGCACCUAUCAAUGGAUACAACGUAGCUGAUACUCUGCAAAAUUCGGAACGAUUUGAGAAUAGUGUACAAUUGAUCAACUUUAGGAAAUCCAGUUGUGUUGAUAGACUAUGGAUCGCUGGAAAGGUAGAGUGGCGCUUGUUACCGGGGCUUCUGUUGGAAUCGGAGCGGCGAUUUGCAAGGCUCUUGUCCAGCACGGCAUGAAGGUUGUCGGCUGUGCCAGGAACGUCGAGAAAAUAGAGAAACUGGCAGCAGAGUGUCAAAGCGCUGGGCACAGUGGUACCCUUGUUCCCUACAAAUGUGACCUUUCAAAUGAAGAGGAGAUCCUUUCCAUGUUCUCUGCCAUCAAGACUCUCCAUCAGGGAGUGGAUGUGUGCAUCAACAAUGCUGGCCUGGCCCAUUCAGAGUCACUGUUGAAUGGCAAAACCGAUGGCUGGAGGACAAUGAUUGAUGUGAACGUCAUUGCAUUGUCUAUCUGCACACGAGAGGCAUACCAGUCUAUGAAGGAGAGGAAGGUGGAUGAUGGACAUAUCAUCAACAUAAACAGUAUGAGUGGCCAUCGUGUAGUUUUCAGUGCUGAUACACACUUCUAUAGUGCUACCAAGUAUGCUGUGACUGCCCUGACAGAAGGACUGCGGCAAGAGCUGCGAGAGGCUAAAACCCACAUUCGAGCCACGUGUAUAUCUCCUGGUAUGGUGGAAACAGAAUUUGCUUUCCGGCUUCACAGCCUCCAUCCAGAGAAGGCUGCUGCUACCUACAACAGUAUGAAGUGUUUGGAAGCAAUCGACAUUGCCAGUGCUGUAACGUAUGUCUUAGGCACACCGCCACAUGUUCACAUUGGAGAUGUUCAAAUGCGACCUGUGGAGCAAGUGUCAUAGAGCAGUCCUGCAGGAGGAAUCUGAUGCACCUUGAUCAUCUCAGAGGAUUGAACGUUGGCUUAAAGCUGUAGGAUUGUGGAGUUUUUGAAUUGUGAUUUUGGGUCUGAUCCGAAAAUUAUUAUUUGCCAUGAAAAGUAUUGUAGGCUACACUACAGCCCCUUUACAAUCUGAUACAACCUGAUAAUACUGACAUUGUGUAACAACACUAUUGCAAUUUUCCAUCAAUAUUUAGAUCCUUUUUUGAAUUAAUGUGUUUGCUAAAAUAAAGUUAUAUUUCAAG